CUCUACAUACCCGCCGUCAUUUACCUUUGCCAUUAGCUUAGUGACCGCGCGUGCUGCUGCUAACGGGGCCACGGCACGGCGGCUGUCGCUUCUCACACAUCCUUCUCCGCUUCAAGGAUCAUUGAUCCUGGCCAUGCUACACAGCCCCCCAUGCCUGUUCCGGGGGUCGACCCAUGAUAAAGCUAGUGAUCACGUUUUAUCUAUCUAUCUAUCUAUUUAUCAGCCAACCCCAGACCCCAGACCGGGACCACCCUCGGAAGCAAGUCAAGGAGCCCCGUGCUAUAGAUGAUGACCUUGAGAGGAAGGUUCCAUAUCCCACGGGCAUACCAACGAGCCACGCCACCGGGGCCCGGGAAAGGGGGUUUUCUCUUCUCGAUUCGUUUUCUUCAAGGUCAUUUCUCCAUAGUCGCUCUCGGUUUGUCCUUACAUUUCGGUUGUCAAUUUCUAUCCUCCCCCACCCCCCGAACAAUUUUUCGGGUUUGGGUACCAAUGGUGACACGGCCAGGGUAUCCGUGCGUAGUCUCCAGUAGUACAUAGUACUGUACAUAGAACCUAUAGGUAGUUAUGCCCGGAGGAAGGCAUUCGAUUGGUCACUUCUUGAUUGUGCGUACCUAGGUUAUACCAGUCCACAACUGCCUACCUACCAGACUCACUGCUCGUU